AUGGCUGAUGCAAGCGAGCAACUCCCGGCAGUACCCUCGGAUAUCACUCCAGAGUGGUUGGGGGAGAAGCUGGGGCACAAGAUCAAAUCCAUUGAGAAUACUUCAAACAUUUGGGGCACAGCCAGCAAACUCUUUUACACCAUUACCUACGAGGAAGAAAGUAGCGAGGAGCGGCCACAGCAUAUCUGUAUCAAGGGUGUGUUUGACCCCAAGAUGAUCGAAGCUCAGCCAUGGACCGUCAGCUUGGCCCAGCGAGAGUCCCAAUUCUUCAGCAAGGUGGCGCCCAAUGUCAGGAACAUGAUCUUUCCCAAGAGCUGGUGGAGCGGCAUGAGCGACAAGCAGGGCAUUGCUAUCAUGAACGACUUGACCACUGAGGGAUGCACUUUCCCUACCGAGACUGCCUCGUAUCCAGUUGAAAAGGUUAUGAACGGUGUUGAACAGCUGGCUGGUCUUCAUGCGCAAUACUGGGGUCAGAGCCAGGAUAAUCAUCCAUGGAUCUGGAACAAUUACGACCCGGCCAUGAAGUUCAUGUGCACGCCAUGGGACCAGGUCGUCCGAACGCCUGGCCGCCCCAAGCUUCCAGAGUACUUGAUGGACGGUAAACGAUGCAAUGAAGCUUUAGACCGCUAUUACGCGGAGCGCAAUCCGAGAUUUCGUACACUACUACACGGCGAUACCCACAUUGGCAACGUUUAUUUCACAUCUUCUGGGCGUAUUGGCUUCCUCGACUGGUCAGCUUUCCACUUCGGAUCGUGCUUUCACGAUGUUGUCUAUCACAUGACGGCCAUGCUAAGCAUCGAGGACCGCCGUGCGCACGAGAUGGACAUCUUGGACCACUACCUGGAGACGCUACACCGACUUGGCGGACCCAAGUUCGACCGUCACAACGACCCUGAAGUCAUGACCGAGUACAAGCGAUCUUUCAUGACCAACGUGAUUUGGCUCAUCUGUCCCGAUGGACUGCAAAGCAAGGAGCGUGUGGCUGUUCUCUGUGAGCGUACUGUUGCCACCUACGACGACCACAAAGUGCUUGAUGUCAUCCUGGGUCAGUCCAAGCCGGCAGCUUGA